GCAUCUCUACAAAUCUUUAAUACAAAAAUUACCAACCAACACUAAGUGUUAAAAAAAUGUCAUCCUUAUUCUAUUACUCUCUCCUUUCUCUAUCCUUCAUCAUAACCAUCAAAAUUUUACUCAAAAUCACAUCAAGAAGGCUAAAAAACCUUCCACCAGGUCCACCAACAAUUCCUAUAAUUGGCAACCUCCACCACCUAAAACACCCUCUCCACCGUACCUUCACAACCCUAUCACAAACAUACGGUGACAUCUUUUCACUUUGGUUCGGUUCGCGCCUAGUUGUCGUUGUUUCUUCCCCGUCUUUAGCCCAUGAAUGCUUCACAAAAAACGACAUCAUUUUAGCGAACCGACCACGUUUCCUAACCGGAAAAUACAUCUUUUACAAUUACACAACCCUAGGCUCCGCUUCUUAUGGGGACCAUUGGCGUAAUCUACGUCGUAUAACAACCAUUGAUGUUCUUUCUAACAAUCGUCUUAACUCCUUCUUAGGAGUUCGAAGAGACGAAACAAAUAGACUUAUACAAAAGCUUCUCAAAGACGUCGUCUCUGAAGGUUUCGGUUUCACUAAAGUGGAACUGAGACCGAGACUAACAGAGAUGACGUUUAAUGCUAUGAUGAGAAUGAUAUCGGGAAAACGGUAUUAUGGAGAUGACGGAGAUGUGUCAGAUGUUGAAGAAGCUAAACAAUUUAGGGAGAUAAUAAGUGAGAUGAUGUCUUUGUUAGGUGCUAAUAAUAAGGGUGAUUUUUUGCCUUUGUUAAGGUUGUUUGAUCUUGAUAAUUUGGAGAAAAGGUGCAAGAGGAUUGCAAAAAGAUCUAAUGCAUUUUUGGAGGGACUCAUUGAGGAACAUCGCCGUGGAAAUAUUCAUAGUGAUGGAGGUACAAUGAUUGAUCAUCUUUUGAAGCUAAGUGAAUCACAACCUGAGUAUUAUUCAGAUCAUUUGAUCAAAGGUCUAAUUCAGGGUAUGCUUCUUGCGGGAACAGACACAUCAGCAGUGACAAUAGAAUGGGUAAUGUCUGAAUUGUUGAACCACCCAGAAGUAUUAAAGAAAGCAAAAGAAGAAUUAGACACUCAAAUUGGAAAAAACAAAUUAGUAGAUGAACAAGAUUUGUCAAAACUUCCAUACCUACAAAACAUAAUCUCUGAAACACUUAGAUUGCAUCCACCAGCUCCACUACUUUUGCCACAUUAUUCUUCAGAGGAUUGCACUAUUGGAGAAUUCAAUGUUCCAAAAGAUACUAUAAUAUUGACCAAUGUUUGGGGUAUUCAUAGAGAUCCAAAACAUUGGAAUGAUGCUUUGAGUUUUAAACCAGAGAGGUUUGAAAAAGAAGAGGAGGUGAACAAAGUAAUGGCAUUUGGGUUAGGAAGAAGGGCUUGUCCUGGAUUAAGCUUGGCCCAACGUACUGUGGGCUUUACUGUGGGCUUGUUGAUCCAAUGCUUUGAAUGGGAAAGAGAGAGUGAGGAAAAACUUGAUAUGAUGGAGGGUAAAGGAAUUACCAUGCCAAUGAAGAUACCAUUAAGGGCUAUGUGUAAAGCACUACCUAUAGCCAAUGAUGUAACGAAGUGAGAGAAAUGUUAUGAAUACCCUCUUUUUAGCAUUCUUUCUAAUACUCGUUUUUUUAUUGGGUGAAACUCAUAUAAGUCUCACUAUUUUAUGUGAGAUCCAUUUUCAAUGUGUAGUAUCCACAUAAAUUUCAUCCAAUAAACAAGUGGGUGUUAGAAAAAACGUUAGAAAGAGAUUGUGUAUAGCACUCCUCGAUGAAGUGAUGCCCUUUUUUGGUUACAUCCAAUGAUAACUUAUCUCUCAGCUAGUAGAAAUUGUGUGACGAUAUAAUGAUAUGUAAAUUAGACUCUAUUUUUCUCCCUCUAUAUUAUGCUCUCCUUUACUUCAGAGAAAGCUACCUUAUAUUUAUACUCAUCUCGAUCUUAUGUUAUAAAAUAUACUCUCUUGAGAAUUAAAUACGCAUUAUAUAUUUAAAUUA